AUGGCGAGCACAUUCCUUAACGUCCCUCUUGAAAUCCGAAACCAAAUCUAUGAAUAUUUGGUUAUCUUCAACAUAAGCCCCACUCCGGAUCCUCCUAGUAAAGAAAGCUAUUGGGUCCCAUUCAACACACCAUCGCUGAAUCUCUCAAUCCUGCGAGUAAACAAGCAAGUCCAUGAAGAGGCUUCCACGGUGCUUUAUUCUCAGAAUGUUUUCCCCAUACGUCUCAAAAUUAUCGGUACCGACUUUUGCAAACCGAUCGAGAAUUGUAAUUCUCAUUUCUCUGUUACUUAUCAAACCCUCUGGGAGGACGUGCAUUAUCGUCGAACGUUCGGGGAGGAUCAAACUGUCAAAUAUACCACUGAGGUAUCCCGUGGCAAUUACCCAUUCACAAGAAUCAAAAAGGAUGAAGUCAUUCAAAUUCCAUCUCCACAGUAUCAGCAUCUCAUACGUCGCGCAAAAAUAGCGAUUUACGAUCUCCGAGUCACAGCAUUUGGGCCAUCUGACCCCAACACUGGAGAGCCAAUCGAUAAUGAUACUCUACCACGAGAUGCAACCUGGCGAAAAUCCGUGACGUCUAUACUGAUGCCAUUCGUAAGAGCAAGGCUUAGAAACAUCAUAUCGGAGUGGGAAAAAGCAAGCCUCGAUAUCGAGAUGCUCCCGGCUUUCUUGCAUCCCACGAGUCAUCCGGAUGCGCUUGCUAGAAAUCUUACGGAAAAGGAGGUAGAUGCGUUGAAUGUCAAGUAUCUAAAGGAGUUGACGUAUACCGCCUGGCCUUUGACCACUUUGCCGGGUAGAUAUAGUUUGAGAUUGGAUCAUCCCGCAGAAAGAAGAUUUAGGGAUAUUAAAAAAGAUGCCUUAAGGGAGUGUGACGAUGAGGUUGUUUUUGAGAAAGAAGAAGAAGAAGGAUUUGACGAAAUGAAUUUGGAAAAUUCAUACAGUUGGGCAAUAGAGCACGGGAAGUUGGUUAUUGCGGGAGAUUGGCAUCAGUAUCCCAGGAGCAGAAAGAUCUGCUGUUUUGGCGGACCCCGACCAAGGCCGCAAGACUCCAAGUCUACGUAG